UGGCUACUUGUUGCACACGGCACUAAAACGUCUGCGCUGUUGACCCGCCCAAGAGUGUUUGCGGACGUUGUAUAAGCUAUCUGAUUUCCCAACAGGCGGAUCAAUAUUCCUGUUCGGUAUUUCAUUGGCUGUACGAAAUCCGCCGAGAACAUAUAAAUAGCGAUAAGUGAAAUGUUGGUAAAUUUUCAAAUUCUUUGAAUAUACACCGAAAAGGUAGUAAACUAUCAACAUCAUCAUGUCUGGACGUGGUAAGGGAGGAAAACAACGCGCCAAGGCCAAGAGCCGAUCCGCAAGAGCUGGUCUGCAGUUCCCCGUGGGCCGCGUUCACCGCUUCCUGCGCAAAGGCAACUAUGCCGAGCGUGUGGGUGCCGGUGCCCCUGUCUACUUGGCGGCUGUCAUGGAGUACCUGGCCGCUGAGAUCCUGGAGUUGGCCGGCAACGCUGCCCGCGACAACAAGAAGACGAGAAUCAACCCCCGUCACUUGCAGCUGGCCAUCCGCAACGACGAAGAGCUGAACAAGCUUCUCAGCGGCGUGACCAUCGCCCAGGGUGGUGUACUUCCAAACAUUCAGGCUGUUCUGCUGCCCAAGAAAACCAGCAAGCCUGCCAAGUAAACGGCGUCUUGCGCCAUUAUGAACCACAUCGGCUCUUUUCAGAGCCACCACAAUUUCAAAAAAGAGAUGGUUUUCACUGUCUGCAUGUGUUGCAUAUGCACGUUGCAUUUUGGAUUUUUUCGCUUAGGUUUUGU